CUGGGGAUCACCAGCUCCAUAUGCUGGACAGACGCUCAGCUCAGCAGCCUUCCUGAGCAGAAGAGACUUUCAACCAGUGGAGGAACUGAGGUCUAGUUCCUUUUACAAUGGAGGAAUUGAGGUCUAGUUCACCUGCUCUCUGUCUGGAUGUGAACCUCUCUGAACCGCCUGGACCUGGUAAGAGCAGCGGCGUCAUAACAAGUCCCCACUCGCUGGAGUCCAGGACUCAGCCAGGUAUUAAACCGGUUCAGCUGCUAAUUAGAUCUCUGAACGAGCUGAUUGCAGGGCAGCAGGCUGCUCCUUAUGAGGCCAUGAAGACUCUGCAUGAAUCAUACGAGAAGGAACGAUCAAAGCUUUUCCCUAUGCCUGUGUCCAGCAAGGAGCAGGAGAGGAUUAUUCAAGCUGAAAGGAGCAAAUGCCUAAGAAGUAAUGCAGCCUCAAGCUCUGAAGUUGUACCAAAGGUGAAGAAUCACUCAGCAGAGCCAGUUGUCUAUGCAGACCUUUGCUUCAAAGCAAAAUCCGGUUCCUCUGUUUCUGCAAAGAGAGACCCAGAGAGGAGCACAAUCAGCAGCUUCAGUCUGGGAGAUCUGAGAUACUCCCCGUCUGCUGAGAGGAAACUGCAGAAGAUCACCUCAGAAAUAAAGAGGAAGACAUGCAUCACCGUGUCAGAGAGGGAUCGCAAGAUAGCAGCUCUGAUGCUGGUCAAGCAUCGGGAGGAGCAGGAGCGCCUGAAGCUCUGUCAGCAGGAGGAACAGGAACGGCAGGAGGCCCGCAGGAGGGAGGAGGCCAGGCAGGCCCACGCAGAAAAAGAACGAAGGAGGAGGCUUAAGCAGAGGAUGAAACAUUGGCACAAGGAGCUGGAGGCCCGCAGGAGGCUGAGGCUGCGGCUGGAGCAGGAGAAAGCAGCACAGCUCCAGCAGGAGAUGCUGCUCCAGGAGAACCAAUGGAGAAAGCUGAAGGAAGUGGUUGAGGUACAACGCAGAGAAAAGCUGGAGGCUGCUCUGAAGGAGGCAAAGGAGCGUAAAAAAUACCAGGAGAGAUUGCUUAGGGAGAAGAUGGAGCUGGAGAAAAGGGAGCUUGAGAAGGAGAAGCAGGCGGCAGAAGAGAAGGAGGAGAAGGCCUGGAGGACCAGAGAGCUGCAGGAGAAGAGGGAGCGGAAAAAGCUGCAGGAGGAGAAUCACAGAGAGAUGCUGUGUCACAUCCUGCUGAAGAGGCAAGCAGAGCAGAAGAUGGAGGAAGAUGAAACGCAGAAGAGGAAUUUGCUGGAGAAGAAGCUGCAGCGUUCCUCCGAGAAACGAGCCCGAGCUGCAGAGGCACAGCACAGGCGGCUGCGGGAGCGAGCUGCCGUGCAGGACGUCCAGAUCCAAAGAGCACAGAUGAGGGCCAAGCUGCAGAGUGUCCAGGAGCUCACACACAAGCAGAUCCUGGUCCAGCAGAGUCAGCGUCGCAUGGAGAGAGCCGCCCAGAACGCCUCGGCGCUGCGCAGGAGCCGCACUCAGCAGAGACGAGAACAGAGCAGACACAGACAGCUCUGUCACCAGCAGCUGAGUGAGAAGAUCCAGAGAGAGGAGGAGGCCAGCAGGAGGUGCAGAGAGAGCUACGUCUGCAUGAAGGAGGGGAAGAGGGAGAGGCUGCAAAAGCUGAGGGAGCAGAUGCAGGAGGAGGCGCAGAGGCUGGUGCAGGCCUCCUUUCACUUGAGGGACAGGGUCAGGCAGCAGACACACAGCCGGACCUUCCACCAGAUGGCCCUAGAGGCUAAGCUGACUGCCUCCAUGAGCAGAAUCAAACUCUAA